GACAUUUAGACUCCAGGCUUCAACCUGUUUACAAGCGGCUUUCCAAGGGACUUGGAGGUGGAGAGAAGGGCCCAACAAAACGCCAGCCGCCAGCCGCCCCCCAAACAAGAAGUGGCUUUCGGAAGACUUCACAUCAACAGGCACCACCAAAAAGAGAAAGGAAGGAGAAGACAACAGCGCCUGGGCAGCUGCCUCCAGUUCUGACAACUCCAAAGAGACACUUUUUAAGUGGCCAGCAGGCUGGGACUCUGCAGAGAAGGACCAGAAGGUGCCAACCGCAGAGGGGCGCAGAUGUCUUCCUGCACCCCCACCCCACCCACUUUGGGUUUUGUUCACCGUCCUGUCAUCUGUUUUUCAGACCUCUUUUGCAUCUAACAUGGUGAAGAAAGGAGUGAAGAAGAGAACAAAGUAACCCCCGGGGGGAGCGAAGAGCUCUGGUGACCGACACCACCAGUUCCUACUGCCGCGGCCACCCACGUCCACUGUUCACCCUGAGACUGGAGAGACGCAGGCAGCGGAUCCGAGGACGGAGCGAGGACAGGCAGCCGGUCCUUCCUAGAAGUUAUGGAUGUUGGUGCACUCGCUUCUGGCCAGAUCCGUACCCAGAGGGAGCUAUCCAGAAGCCACCACCUCCAGCUGUCUCUCUGCCUCGCAGCAGGUCUUACCCUUCCAGUAUGUUCCUUCUGAUGAGACAAUUUCCAGUGCCGAGAGUUUCAGUACAAUGUGGAAAUGGAUACUGACACAUUGUGCCUCAGCCUUUCCCCACCUGCCGGGCUGCUGUUGCUGCUUCUUGUUGCUCUUUUUGGUGUCUUCGUUCCCUGUCACCUGCCAAGCUCUUGGUCAGGACAUGGUGUCACAGGAGGCCACCAACUGCUCUUCUUCCUCCUCGUCCUUCUCCUCUCCUUCCAGUGCGGGAAGGCAUGUGCGGAGCUACAAUCACCUCCAAGGAGAUGUCCGCUGGAGAAGGCUGUUCUCCUUCACCAAGUACUUUCUCACGAUUGAGAAGAACGGCAAGGUCAGCGGGACCAAGAAUGAAGACUGUCCGUACAGUGUCCUGGAGAUAACAUCAGUGGAAAUCGGAGUUGUUGCCGUCAAAGCCAUCAACAGCAACUAUUACUUAGCCAUGAACAAGAAGGGGAAACUCUAUGGCUCAAAAGAGUUUAACAACGACUGUAAGCUGAAAGAGAGAAUAGAGGAAAAUGGAUACAACACCUAUGCAUCUUUUAACUGGCAGCACAAUGGCAGGCAAAUGUAUGUGGCAUUGAAUGGAAAAGGAGCUCCCAGGAGAGGACAAAAAACAAGAAGGAAAAACACCUCUGCUCACUUCCUCCCCAUGACGAUCCAAACAUAGAAGAAAACACUGUUGGUGGAUGCAGUACAACCAAUGACUCUUUGGACAGAAAGAGAUGGUAUCCUCACUGAAGACUGUAGCUCAAAAGGCAAAGACAUAGCCCUGAAUUCAGCUUGUUUAAAGGAAGGAAGGCUUUGGAUGUUUUUGUACUCACUGCUGACAUACAAAGUUCUUUUCACUAGCUCUGUGUCAUUGUGUCAUGCCUUAUAAUCAAGAUAGAGGCAAGUCAAGUUUGGAUGGAAGUUAUCCUCAAGUGAACAAUGUUGUGGUGGGGGCUGGGCUUUUUUUGUUUGUUUGUUUGUUUCAUUUUUAAGUUUUUGUUUUUGAACUUCUGAGAUAGAACUUAAAGAACAUGGAACACUCUGUUGAAUGAUCUUUGGGAAAGUUAUUUAUGGAAUAUGAACACAUAUCAAAGACUUUCAUUGCUCAUUCAAGCCUGAUGAUUCAAUGAGCAGUAAGACACGCAAGCAUUUACUGGAAAGCACUUGGGUCAUAUCAUAUGCACAACCAAAGGAGCUUUGGGUGUGGCACCAUGGAAGAAUUGGAUCAGAUUUACAAAUAUAAACAUAGUAGUAUGAAACUGUCCUAAUACAAAUAGUAUGGUAUGCUUGUGCAUUCUGUCUCCAUCCUUUUCUAUUUCCUUCUAAGUUAUUUAUUUAAUAGGAUGUUAAAUAUCUUUUGGGGUUUAAAGAGUAUCUUCAAUGCUGCCCUCUGGUUUACCUUUUCUCUCUCUCUCUCUCUCUCUCUCUCUCUCUCUCUCUCUCUCUCUCUCUCUCUCUCUCUCUCUCUCUCUCUCUCCCUCUCUCUCCCUCCCUCCCCCCUCUGGCACCAUACGCACAUUCAUGACAAAGUGUUUUAAAACCUUGGCAAACACUUCAGAAAUAGGAGAUGAGAUCAAGGAAGCAGUAUGAAUGCCCCAUGCGCUCUCAGUUGACUUAAUUUGCACUUCUGCAAUAAAAAACACCAGCAAUGACUAUGGCAGAAUUCUGCUAUAGAUUAUGUAACAGAUAUCUGUCAUCAUUUGUCAACAUAUAUCAGUCCAGAGGGACCCUUACCUUAAAAUGUAGAAGGCCAAAUUCUCUUUCAUUGUCUUAUUUCAUCUUCAAGAAUAUACUAAAAGAAGAAAAAAUGAAUUGUUAGACUAACAUUGUUGGGUUUUUUUUUUCCUACUGAUGAUGGCUUGCCACAGGUCACAAUGGCAAAUGAUGCAAAGGUUAUCUGCACAUACAUGAGCCCUUUGUAAGGCCCACAGAAUCCUUCUCCCUCAAAAGAACCAAAAAAGGAAAUUUGGUAUGAAGUGCAACUCUCCCUGGGGCUUAACCUGAGCAAAUAUAUCCUAGUAUAUGAGUAACCAUAUACUGACACCUGUUCAAGCUGAAUGGUCUAGUCUUUACAGAACCACAUAAACCUUGUUUUCUGUAAAUUUAAAAUGUUCUAGAAGGUUCCAUAAUAUAACCACAUUGAAAUUCAUUUUCUUAGAAAAGGUAUAGAAAGCAGUAUGUAAGUGUGCCAUGCACCCUCGCUCUGUAGAUCACUAAAUAAACACGUAAGCCUUAUUUGCAGUGUCUGUAGUGAUUUUAAGAAUGUAGGAAACACUUCUAAAAAAAUUUUAAAGGAUAACUCUGAGAUGAUAUUGAUGCUGCAGUCUUCUUUCUUGUUUGGAAAUGUCUGUUUAUUUUCAUUGUUUGGAUUCAGUAUUUUGAUAGGAACAAAAAGACUCACCAAAUGUGUCUGUUUACUAAAAUUUAACCUCUAGAGAGGCUAGUGAUUUGUGAUCCUCUUCUAACUUAUUUGUGCUGAUGCUUGACCAGUACAAAUCAGCUUUUUAAAAUAUUAUUAUUAAAGGUUGAUCAGUCAUUUUAAAAUUGGCCUUUUUUUUCAGAAUGUUCCUACAGGUCAUAAUUUAUGAUUUCUUUGAAAAGCUUGCAUUUCAAGAGAAAAGCACAGAGGCACAAUGCUUUGGUUUAUGGGUAUAGGUUGCAUUUUGUGGUGUUCUUUCAACUUGUUUUCUGACAAAUGGGAUUUUUAAAAUGUAUACUUCUUGUGGUUGGAUUCUGUAUGUUAGAGUUUAAUUGGUAACUGAGUCUAAAGGCUCUAAUGUAAUGAAUCUCUAGAAGAACUAGGUAUCUUUUUUUACUUUUAUUUUAAAAUAAUAAUUAUACCUGACACAUGACCAUGGACCACCCACAACCAAAAUUAAAUGUUUGGGGAGACAAACUAUAGUAUUCAGUGACAAGGGUAACAGCAAAUAGUGCAGACGUUGGAUUCUUAUUUCACUUUGCCAUUUAGAUUACUAAAGAGACUAUGUGUAAACAGUCAUCAUUAUAGUACUCAAGACAUUAAACAGCUUCUAGCAAAAUGUAUCAAAGCUUGCAGAGUCCAAAAAUAGAAAACAUCUUUCCCCCUCUCCCACCCUACAUUUCCCCCUGUAUGCAUCCUAACAGAGAUAAAUACAAAAUGAAUUCGGUAAGGAGAGAGGAGAUUCUUCUUCACUUCAUAUUUGUUUGAUAUUAAUAGAGAAUUCUGGUCCUUUUUACAACUACUGAAAGAAAAGAAGUUCAGUCCUAAAUUUUGUGUGUUAAAAAAAGAAAAGAUUUUGUGAGUUCUGCCUCCGUGGGAAGUGUGGGCACUGCUCCACCAUGCUGAAGUGUGUUAGCCACGGGUACAGAGCAUAUGACUGUUGACAUCAGACUCCUUAAAGAUACAGAAUCGCUUCCCUCCUCCUAAUCCUCAAAAGGCUGAACAGUGUAUAUUAUGUUACAUUUAAAUAAAGGCAAUAAAAAUGCUGGGAAAAGAGAA